AUGAGUCUCCCAAAAAGUUUCAAACAAGCUACCUUCACACAUUCCGGCGGCCCCCUGAUCAUUCAAGAGACUGACAUAGUGAAUCCGGGACCAGGGGAAAUCCUAGUCAAGGUCGAAGCAUGUGGGGUUUGCUAUUCUGAUACAGUUGCGCAGAAUAAUCUCGCAGGCAGAGGAUUUCCGCUUGUUCCAGGACACGAAAUUAUAGGACGAGCCGCGGCUAUUGGGGAUGGCGUAUCUGGGUGGAAUUUGGGAGACCGAAUUGGUGGCGGCUGGCAUGGGGGUCAUGAUGGAACCUGUGCGGCAUGUAAAAGGGGGUUGUAUCAGAUGUGCGACCACCAAGAAAUUAACGGUAUCAGCAAAGACGGCGGAUAUGCAGAAUACUGUCUACUCCGUGCAGAAGCUGCCGUCCGUGUACCAGCACACGUUGACGCAGCUGAAUAUGCCCCUAUUCUCUGCGCUGGGGUAACCGUUUUCACCUCCAUACGCCAAAUGAAUAUAGCUCCUGGUGCGAUGGUGGCUAUUCAGGGUCUCGGAGGACUAGGCCAUUUGGCGAUCCAAUAUGCGAAUCGCUUCGGUUAUCGUGUUGUUGCAAUGUCGCGUGGAAGGCAAAAGGAGGCAUUUGCUCGACAGCUCGGUGCACAUGAGUACAUCGACACUAGCAAAGAAAACGCCGGUGAAAGUUUGCAGAGACUCGGAAGGGCGUCACUGAUUGUCUGUACUGCUCCGUCAGUGGAGGUGAUAUCGCCGCUGAUGAAGGGGCUGGACAUGCUUGGAAAGUUGCUCAUUCUAUCCGAUAUUGGUGAUGUUCCUGUAAAUACUGGCGGAAUGAUUCGAUACGGACUCUCGGUUCAAUCAUGGCCGAGUGGUCAUGCCAUGAAUUCGGAAGACGCAAUAAAGUUCACAGAACUUCAGAAUAUCAAUUGCAUGAUCGAAAGAUUUCCUCUGGAAAAAGCCAAUGAGGCAUAUGAAGCAAUGUUAAAUGGAUCGGUGCGGUUCCGGGCAGUGCUUACCAUGGAGUAG